AUGUCGUCUCGCGUGGGUUUCCGUUUCCUCAACAGCACUCGCUUCGCGUUUCGCAAUGCCUCUGCGCCAUUCCGCCGGCCGGGUGCCCAGGGUUUCCGCUUCUCGAGCACUGAGGCUGGUGCCGAUGCCGCCAAGCAGAGCACUUUCCAGCGCAUGUGGAACAGCCCUGUCGGUGUGAAGACUGUGCACUUCUGGGCCCCUGUUAUGAAGUGGUGCCUCGUUAUCGCCGGUAUGGCCGACUUCGCCCGCCCUGCGGAGAAGCUCUCCCUUACUCAGAACGCCGCCCUGAUGGGCACCGGAGCCAUUUGGACCCGCUGGUGCAUGAUCAUCAAGCCCCGUAACGUUUUGCUUGCCGCCGUCAACUUCUUCCUUGGAUGCGUUGGUGCCGUCCAGGUCACCCAGGGUAGUUCCAUCGAGGCCGCCAAGGAGAUGGAACAUCAGGCCGUUGACUCUGUCAAGGCAGUUGCCAACGCCACCGAGGGCGCCGUCGAGAAGGCUGAGAAGAAGAUUGUCGAGAAGACCGCCUAA